CAUAUCCCCCGCGACAAUGCCUCCCUUGCCAACAUCAGCACUAAGAGACCUCUUCUGGGAACGAGCAUACUACGACCACGUCGACCAUGAAGGCAUAAGCCAUACGCAGGACGGGACAUCCGCAUGGGUUUACGCCCUGGUCAUAGGAGGUAGCAUAACCCUCGUCCUCCUCGUCCUCUCUACCGUCUACAAACAAGAUUAUAUUCGGAGCGACAACCGACACGCACCGAGGACACCUGAUCAGUCUACACCCACGUCUGCGAGUAUACCCAGGUUGGAACCGGAAAAGGUGGACGAGGAUCCGAGGACACGGACGCAGUUGCACCUUCAAGGGGAAGGGAUAGCCCGUUGA